AGGUCCUGUCAAGCCGCAUGGAGGGCAUGAUGGCUUCCUACACGCCGCUGGCCCCUCCACAACAGCAGAUCGUGGCCAUGGAGCAGAGCCCCUACGGAAGCAGCGACCCCUUCCAGCAGGGCCUCACGCCACCCCAAAUGCCAGGUGACCACAUGAACCCCUAUGGGAAUGACUCCAUCUUCCACGAUAUCGAUAGCGAUACCUCCCUCACCAGCCUCAGCGACUGCUUCCUCGGCUCCUCUGAUGUGGGCUCCCUGCAGGCCCGUGUGGGGAACCCCAUCGACCGGCUCUACUCCAUGCAGAGCUCCUACUUUGCCUCCUGAGAGCCAGCUGGGCCGCAUGGACGCUUGGGCCUAGGCCUAGGGUGGGACCACAGGCCUCUGCAGCCAGCCGGCCCCCCAGCCCACCACCCACUCAGACUCAACAGACAGCCAUAUGGUGCCCUCCCCUCGGCCAGCCGGACCUGGCUCAAGUGCCCACUGGGCACAGCCAGACAGGCAGAUGGGUGCAGCCUGGGCAGGGAUUGUGUCCUGCCCACAGAGACCUUGUGACUCCUGGGGACCCAGAGCUCUUGGACAGCCACUCGCCUCCCAGCCCUUUGACUCCAUCACCUCCUUUCCCCUCUCCACCUCUUUUUUUUGGGGAAGUUUGUAUUUGUUCUAUUUUUUUUAAACAUUCUAUUUCCAGCCAA